CCUCUUGUUAAGAUGCUAUCCAUAUUUAUCCAUGAGUAUCAUCAACUGUUUUUUGAAAACCGUCACUCCAGAAACUCAAUCAUGGCAUCUUCGCCAGCUCCAAUCUCUGGAAUAUCUUUCGCCAACCCAACACUGCCCAGAACCAAGAAGGCAUCAGCUUCACAUUAUCCCAUCCCGAAAGAACCCAGAGCCGUGGCCAAAGAGAUUUACUUCAACCAUGAUGGCUCUGCCACUAAGAAGCUUAAGGCAGGUGUAGACAAAGUGGCAGAGCUCAUUGGGGUUACAUUGGGACCAAAGGGAAGAAAUGUAGUUCUGCAAAACAAGUACGGACCUCCCAAGAUUGUUAACGAUGGAGAAACUGUUCUCAAGCAGAUUGAGUUGGAGGAUCCGUUGGAGAAUGUUGGAGUUAAAUUAGUGAGGCAAGCCGGUGCAAAAACAAAUGACCUUGCUGGUGAUGGUUGCACUACAUCUAUAGUUCUUGCUCAUGGUCUAAUUACAGAAGGUGUGAAGGUAAUUUCAGCUGGAAUGAAUCCAAUUCAAAUUGCCCAAGGGAUUGAGAAGACAGCAAACGCCCUUGUUUAUGAACUCAAGUUGAUGUCCAGAGAGGUUGAGGAUUGUGAGCUUGCACAUGUUGCUGCUGUUAGUGCUGGGAAUGACUAUACUGUAGGAAAAAUGAUCUCUGACGCUAUUCAACAAGUGGGAAGGAGGGGUGUAGUCAAAAUUGAAAAAGGAAAAUGUACUGAGAACAGUCUACAAAUUGUGGAAGGAAUGCAGUUUGAUAGAGGAUAUUUGUCCCCUUACUUUGUCACUGAUCGAGAAAAGAGGAUUGUUGAGUUCCACAAUUGCAAGUUGUUAUUGGUUGAUAAAAAAAUCACACAUCCAAAGGAGAUGUUUAAAAUAUUGGACAGUGCGGUCAAAGAGAACUACCCUAUUGUGAUAGUUGCAGAGGAUAUUAAGCAGGAAGCUCUUGCUCCAGUCAUUAGGAACAAACUCAAUGGUGUGCUGAAGGCAGCUGCUAUUAAGGCCCCUGCCUUUGGUGAGCGCAAGAGCCACUGCUUGGACGACAUUGCUAUCUUGACCGGAGCAACCGUAAUCAGAGAUGAUAUGGGUUUGACUCUAGAUAGGGCUGGGAAGGAGGUUUUGGGCACUGCUACUAAGGUUGUGAUAACUAAGGACUCUACAUAUGUGGUUAGUGAUGGAAAUACACGAGAAGCUGUUCAGAAAAGAGUUUCUCAGAUAGAAAGACUGGUCGAGAACACAGAAGAAAAUUUUCAAAAGAAGAUACUGAAUGACAGAAUUGCCCGAUUAUCAGGAGGAAUUGCUAUUCUUCAGGUUGGAGCACAAACACAAGUUGAGUUGAAGGACAAACAACUCAGAAUUGAAGACGCUUUGAAUGCAACAAAGGUAAAUAAGUUACUUAUCUAGUUUAUCUGCUGAUAUUAUAAGUCAUUGUCAUAAAGCAAAUUCAG